AUGUACUUGCUCAAUGAUCACCGCCGCGUACAUCUACCGGAAAAUAUGAACUUAAUGCCAGUUCUUGGGAAUGGACAUUUGGGAUUUCAAGUAAUGGGAGACUCUGUGUACCUCAAUGGUUUAUACAAUGGGGCAAAGGGCUUGAGUCAUCGUGCCCGGAUACCAAAUUUCGCAAACAUUCAAGUAACAAAUUAUGCUGACUUGAAUGGCACCGUGAAAUACGUGAUGGACACAAAGAGUGGAAUAUUUAGGACGUCCUUCUCGCCCAAUUCCGCUGCCUAUAAAUUGGAUCAUUUGAUUUAUGCUCAUCGCUUCUACAGCCGUGCAAUUGUAAAUCAACUGUUUAUAUCUCAUCUUAAUUGCACCACAGACGAAUGCAUUGGCAAAGAUUCCGAUGGAAUCAUCAUAAAAAUUGGCCAGUAUCCGGGAAAUGCAACCGAUGAUAUCACCUUUACGAUCAAAACUAACCAAGGUGGGCAGCCACGCGAGACUGAUAAACUAAUAAAAAACCCGAGUGCGGAGCUUUCAAUCACAAGAACCUGCGGCAACACGAAAACAGUCGAAGACCCCAUUUACCAAGAAGAUCCAUCCAAUUGCUGUGUUUUAUGGAAUCAUGUUCCAGAAGAAAUCACACUUGGGACCAAAGAAAAAACAUCCAUGUCUUUCACAUUCGUAAUGACGGUCGACGAACAUUUUAGUGUGGCUGAACAGGAAAUGAUGGACGUGUUGGCGCAGACUGAUCUCAAUUUACUCAACACGCACAUCGGGGAAUGGAAACAUUUUUGGGAUGACUUUGAAAUUGAGAUCACUUCGUCAGAUUCGAAGGAAGGUGGCAAUAAUCUAGCAAGGACUACAUAUGCUAGUAUUUUCUACUUGGUCAAUUCCUUACCUUGGAUACGAACAAAUCAACCUUCUGGCACUUUUGGGAGUCUCAGUCCAACGGGUUUGGGUCGUGGUGGAAACAAUCUCGAUGACUACGAAGGGCACGUCUUUUGGGAUACGGAAAUUUGGAUGCAUCCACCCGCACUUCUCAUGAAUCCAUUUUGGUCUGCCGCAAUACUUCACUAUCGUGCCCUCAAAGCAUUUCCAGCGGCUGAAAAUUAUGCAAAAGAAACAAGAUAUAGUGGAAUUCGAUUCCCAUGGGAAAGUGCAUUCACUGGACGUGAAGUCACGCAGCCCUGUUGCCCUCUGGUUGCCGCCAACCAGCAGCAUGUGACCGCAGACAUUAGCCAUGCAUUGAGACUUCAUCUGGCUGCCACACGAGAUAUCCACUGGCUCAAACGUGAGGGAUGCAAAUUGGCCAUACCAAUUGCACAAUUCUGGGCCAGUCGUGCCAAAUUCAAUCGUACAACCAAUAGAUACGACAUCCGCAAUGUUAUGGGACCCGAUGAAGAUCACGAAAAUGUAGACAACAAUUUCUACACAAACAUUGCGGCAAAACAAUCUCUCCAAUUUGGGCAAUUUGCCGCAUGCGUCUGCAGUGGUGGUGACACCGAGCAUGGCAAUUGGACACAUAUUGCCGAUAACAUUGCCAUCCUGUACGACAGUGAUUUAAAUUAUCAUCCACAGUUCGAGGGGUACAUGCCGGGAACAGAAAUUAAGCAAGCCGAUGCCAUCCUCACUGGCUACCCACUCCAGUUCUCCAUGUCACAGGCAACACGUCGCAAUGAUUUAGCCAUGUACGAGAAUGUCACCAGAUCCAGCGGGCCAGCAAUGACUUGGGCUAUGUACGCAAUCAAUCACCUAGAUUUAGGAGACCGUGACAAGGCAGCUGACAUGCUCGGGCGCAGCUAUCGCCACAACGUGGUGCAUCCCUUCUAUGUUUGGCAAGAAUACUCCGUGAAGCGCAACGAGACGGGCGCUGUGAAUUUUCUCACGGGUGCCGGUGGUUUUCUGCAGGCGAUCUUGAACGGAUACGGUGGCAUUCGCAUCCACCUGGACCGCCUUGUGGUGCACCCAGCCUCCCUGCCGCCCCACACCACGUACUUCCGCAUCAAAGGGAUCCACUACAUGGGUGCACGUCUCACGGUGACCAUCACAGAGCAUAGUGUUCGCAUUAAAUUCCCCCAGUGCGGUCAUGAAGAUUUGACCAUCGUCAUCGGCGGCAACGAUGCCAGUCAACAGGAUGUGAUUUGUGGUGCUCACCCGAGAGAAUACGACAUUACGGAUCAAUAUGCAGAGAUAAGGCCCAAAAACGACAACCACUUUCAAUCGUGCACCAUACCAACAACCUAACUAAACUAUACACCAAUCAACAUCACUCUAUCUGAUUUGUCUUAAUUAACCCACAAGGAUCACAACAACAACAGAUCCAAUGACUCACCACCGCAGACCAAAACACGCAAAAUAGAGUGCCAAAUUGUUCAUUAUGGAAUAAUAAAUCAAUCUUCUGUUAGAGAUAUAAAUUAAGAAAGAAUUCUCGC